AUGCUCCGGUUAACACCCAGUUUCUAUCAGCGCACGUUAGCAAAAUCCAGUUCAAAAUGUGUCGAAAACCAGUUUUCAUAUAAUAUCUUCAUGGGGAGAAAGAGGAAGUAAGAAUCAAAGUAAGGUUUCCAACCAUGGAUUUUUGGCAGAAGGCUCGAAGUUUUGCUCAAGAAGCAGCGAAGAAAUCUCAGGAAAUUACACAAGAAGCCAUUUCAGCAGCGAAGCGAUCUCCAGAGCUAACAAGGGGAGCGGCCAGGAUCUCUGAUAUCGUAUCCGAGACAGCAAAGAAAUCAAAGGAGAUUGCCGCGGAGGCUACCAAGAAAGCCGAUCAGAUCAAGAUCGAGGCAUUGAAGCGAGCCGACCAGAUCAAAUCCCUUGCCGAGGGAAUCUCUCCUCAGAUUCCUGUCCCUACCAUCUCCCUCAUUGAUUUCUCUUCUGAUACUCUCUCUUCGUCUGACCUCGAGAAAUUUGGUGUUACCGAAGAGCUGAGGGAUUUUGUUAAGGGCAUCACCAUUAACACAUUUCAGGAUUUUCCCAUACAAGAUGAACCGGAGAUCACUGAUGUCCCCACUGUCUCAAAUGUCCGGAAGGAUCUUACAGAGUGGCAAGAGAGACAUGCUACUCUAGUUCUCUCGACCGUCAAGGAAAUUUCAAGCCUAAGAUAUCAGUUAUGUCCGCGCUUCAUGAAAGAAAGGAAGUUCUGGAGGAUAUACUUUAUACUUGUGAACAGUCAUGUGGUUCCAUAUGAGAAACAGUAUAUGGAAGAGGUUAAGCUGAAAGCUACAGAACAGACAAAAGAUGAUAAAUUGAAAGAAACUCCAACAGUUGGAACAACAUCUAAACCAGAAGUGGCCCAAACAAAGCAGCAAAGUAAGGGUUUAACUUCAUCAUCUGCCGAGCAGGACUUGGAUGUAUUUCUCUUGGGAGAUCUUGGAAGCAGUGCUGAUGAGGGCCCAGAUGCUGCAGAUGAUGGGGAAUUUGAUGAUUUUGACAAGAUUGUGGAGAACUCGGAGGAUGAAGAAGAGAAGCAGAUUUCAAAGGCAACUGCAGGGUAAAUCAACUUUAGCCAAAAUAAAAAUAGGAAGGAGUAGGCGCCACUCAUCCAAGAAUUCAAGAAAACCAUAUGGUAGAGGUGAAACAGAUAAGCAUGGAUUAAGAAGGUUGGUGGUGCCGUGGUGGUGGUGACACUGGUGAGGGGGUGAUUGAUGUUCCUUUGCUAUAUUGAGAUUGUGAGAUGUUUCCCUUGCCAAUGCUCCGAGUAGGAGGAAAAAGGAUGGAGACGGCGCUUAUUUGGUGUAAAUGUUAAUGCUGUUCUUGUUAGUUCAAAUCUAAAUGUGUGUUUCUCUUGUAUUGCCAAUUUCAUUUGACGCUUGGUCCCCUGAUAGCAAGAUUUUGAAAGGUUGAUGUCAUGUAAUAUUGCUUGUUCAAGUUUAUGUAAUAUUGUUUAUGUAGACAGCGCUUAUUCAUUAUUUGUUCAAGUUUAUGUAAUAUUGUUUCAAUAGAUUCCGAAGAAUUUGGCGGUAAAAGAAGACUUGCAGGAUA